CAUUCAAAAGAUUGAGGUUAUCUCAUGUUGUCGUGUGUAAAAUCCGUGUGUUUUUUAGAUGUAUUUUAUAAGUUGAUCAUACUAUUCACAGAAACUUCUUUAAAAUGGGUGUAAUGGUGAAUGAUGACGGUGCUAAGAGUGUUAAAUACAAUUUUUAUAGAAAAGCUGGCAGAAGUAUUAUCGAACGUCGUCCUGUGUUUUCACCGGAUGGAGAAUCAAUAGCUAUUAUUGUUGAGAAUAUAGUACGAGUGUACAAUAUUCAAACGGGGGAGUGUGUUCGUAUACUUGAAACGGAGAGUCCUGUGAAUGAGAUCAUCGCGAUACAAUUCCCUGAAAAUGAGGACUAUAACUUAUAUGGAUGUUCCGAUACGGGCUAUGUUACUAUAUGGACUUGGGCAAAUGGUGCUGUUCUUAGAGAAAUUAAACUCAAUCUUCCACCCAAUACUAAAGUACACACAUUUGACUUAGUGGACAGCACAGAAUGUUGUAUUACGUCUAGUCAACCGAAGGGCAAGCACCUCAACCUCAACACAUACUCCACAAAGACCGGAGAACUACUCUAUGACUACCGUGAUACAAAACCAAUGUACGGAGACAUGAUUUGUGUGUCACUGGGAUGGUGUAAUGGAGAUAGGUAUGCGGCAGUGAGCAAUGGAACGAAAGUCUUAAGCAUUCAAAAUCUACAACAACCACAUUUAAAAACACGAAUUGUAAAUCAUAAUGGCUACCGGAUAAUGUCAGUGGCAGCCCAUCAGAAAACAAAUGCUGUAGCCAUCACAGACACUUUGGGCCGAGCUACGGUCAUAAGGGGAAAUUUAUAUGAUUACAAGCAAAUAGCACGGGAAGUGCUGCAUUGGCAUUUCUUACCGCCACUCGCAACUUGUUUCUCUUUGCAAGGCAACUAUCUCUACACUGGUGGAAUGGAAAAAGUGCUGGUGAAAUGGACAAUUGGUGACUUAGCAUACAGAGCCAAUGAAAAGAACUUUAUUCCUCGUCUGCCUGGCAUGAUAAGGUUUAUCACUACCAACAACACACAUGUCGCCUUGACUUUAACUAACAAUUCGGUGGUGAUAGCGAACGCUCAGCUUCGCGUACUAGGCACGUUGCUGGAGUGCGGGGGCGUGUCCCCAGCUGCGCGCGCAGUGGGCGGAGCCCUGCUGCACGUAUCGCCUCUAUCCGCGCUACUCACUGCCGCGCGGACUGGACAUCUACAGCUCUACUCUACUAACACCGAUAAAGUGCUUUAUAAUUUAGAUAUAACGGGAUUGAACAACUUGCCAUCAGAAAGGUGGAAUUUAUUGCCAUUAGAAACAGAAGUGACAUGCGCUGCUGUCAGUGGAAAUGGGGAGUGGCUGGUCACCUCCGAGUACAGGAACGACGGCAUCACGUACCCUGAAGAGAAACUAAAAUUCUGGGCUGCACAAUACAAAAACGCUACGCCCUUCCAACUCAACACUUGCGUCAACCUAUCCCACGGAGGCUGCAAUGUGGUCUCUCUGUCCCUAAACUAUAAAGGCGAUUUCUGCGUAUCAGCAGGCUCUGACCAGAAAUUCAGAAUAUGGAAAAAAGAAAACACAUCACCGACGAAUAAGAGCAAGAAGUUCGCGUGGAGUUGUUUGACGGCGUGCUAUUACUCGUCUGGGAUUGGUCAGUUUAUAUCGAAUGAUGUUCUAAACGGUUUCAAAGAUGGGUUUAAACACAAGCCUGGGAGGGAUGAGGACUUGCCCUACUUACGGGAGGUUGAUAAAAAUAAUGAUGUUAUAAAGAAGUUGUUUAAUAUACAUAAGGAACAGUCAUUGGUUAUUGAGGAAGUUGAACGAGUGUCAACGAAGAGAGACAGUGAGUUCGCCAUGGGUGGCGUGGCUAUAUCCCAGGAUGGUUCUCUAAUCGCUGCUUGGUUCGGCUGUAAACUGACCUUGUGGGAUACACAUCUGUGUAACCUAAGCACUACGUUGUCUCAUCCUGCGUUGAGGCCUAAAGGAGUACACGUUCAAUUCGGAAACAGGGAUGCGGCACAUUAUUUGGUGUGCACAACAGAAACAUGUCUAGCUGUGUGGAGCUUACUGUCGCUGACAGUUAAAUGGCUCGUACAAAUCAAUCCAACUUGCCUAGUCUCACAUAGGUUCUCCAAUAAAUUGGCUGUAGUCACAAAGAAUAAUGACCUUCACGUAUUCACGCCCCAUAGUUCGACUCCAAUAUUGACAAAGAAGCGGUUACUAGACCCGUCUACAGGAAUAUUCAAACAAUGCACAUUCGGAACUUGUUUCGACGACGACAUUAGAUUAUAUCUAAUGAGGAAUGAUUCUGAAAUCUAUUGUUUAGAACCGGAACAGAAAGAAGAGAGUCGUCUAGAAGUGAUAUCUCAUCGUAAACUGCCCACGUCCAACUUUAGCGCGUUGUUGGCCGAGCAACAAUUGUCCGAGGUCACGCCCGCAACCGGUGACGGCAACGUCAUCGAUGUCAAUAACCUUGCCGGCUCUACUAUAUCACAGUUCUCGCUAGCGUCACCACACAUGGUGCCCCCAGUAAGUCUCCUCUGCACAACAUUCUUGCAACGACUAUCCGGUACAGAAGAUAUUGAAGAAGUUGAUAACACUCAAGAAGAUAAACCUAUGGAAAUUGAUGAGGACUCAAGCGAUGAUGAAGAUACCAACUCCAAGAUGAAUGGACCCUACGCUCCGAAAGUGACAGAAUUGUGGACUCCAAACUAUGAAGCUGUAAAAGAAAAGAAACUCAACAAAAUGAUGCAUGAACCAUUCUUAGACUUACAUUCUACCAGUUCAUUGUUUGGUAUUUAGUUUUUAAGUUAUUUGUUAAAUAAAUACAUUAUUAAUAA